CUGCCGGCGGCGUGACUUCUCCUGCCGGCGGACGGGCGCCUGCUGCCGGCGCUCCGCCUGCAGCCCUGGCCUUGGCACGAUACCAGCGUUGUAUCAAGCUGCAGCUAUGGCCGCGAGUCCUGCUUGGAGCGACGCUGACAUGAUGUCCAUAUUUGUGGAUGAAAGCCUCCCACUUCAAGAGCUGGCCCUUCCGUUUCCACCGCGAGACGUGAAGGUGCGCCGAAAUGCGGAGGUCCGGGAGAUGUAUACGAUGGGAGAGGAGAUCGGCAGGGGCAAGUUCGGCAUCGUGUACCGGUGCACGGACAAGACCACCGGCCUCGUGCUGGCCGCCAAGUUUGUGGCGACGCCACGCCGCGACGAUAAACGCGACGUGGAGCGUGAGGUGGAGAUCAUGAACUACCUGCAGCACCCAGGCAUCAUCCAGAUCUACGACGCCUUCGACGGCGGCAAGGAGAUGGCGCUCGUCAUGGAACUGGUGGAGGGUGGCGAGCUGUUCGAUCGCGUGAUCGAGGACGACUACAUCCUCACGGAGAAGGCCUGUGCCAUGUUCAUGCGCCAGGUGUGUGCCGGCGUCGGCUUCAUGCACCAGAAGAACGUGCUCCAUCUGGACAUGAAGCCGGAGAACAUACUCUGUCUGUCCAAGACCGGCAACCGGAUCAAGAUCAUCGACUUUGGCCUGGCGCGCCGGUACGACCCGACCAAGAAGCUGCAGGUGCUGUUCGGCACGCCGGAGUUCGUGGCGCCUGAGGUGGUCAACUUCGACGCCAUCGGCUACCCCACGGAUAUGUGGUCUGUCGGCGUCAUCGCUUACGUCCUGGUGUCGGGUCUCAGUCCGUUCAUGGGCGACACGGACUGCGAGACGAUGGCCAACGUCACCAUCGCCAAGUACGACUUCGACGACGAAGCGUUCGACGAUGUGAGCGACGAGUGCAAGGAAUUCAUCGCCCAGAUCCUCAUCAAAGACAAGAGCAAGCGCCUGACGUCCGAGCAGGCGCUGGCGCACCGCUGGCUCAACAUGCGCGACGCGCCGGUGCCCUCCAAGGUGCGCUCGCGCCAGGCGUCGCUGGCCAGCCUGGAGGCGCCGCUCGAGGCAGCCCAGCUCAACCUGACGCAGUUCGUCGGCCGCUGGGUGGAUCAUCCGGACAGCCCGUACGCCUUCUCAGACAGCAGCGCCGAGCUGGUGCUGUCGCGCGUCGGCUCGGCGGCCUCGGUCGGCCUGUGCUCGCCGUCGGCCUGCGCCUCGCUCACCUCGCCCGAGCUGUCGGACGAGGCCGACUCGAGCAGCGAGGACGAGUCGAGCCGGGGCCUGCUGCGGCCCGAGGCGCGGCCGCGGCCGGCCGAGCACGCGCGCGUCUGCUCGCUGCGCCGCGAGGAAUCGCUGAAGCGCGCGCGCGGCCGCCUCGUGCAGCAGGCCAGCAAGGAGGAACACUACAUCAGCAUCGACGACGUGAAGACGCUCAAGCAGCAGGGCAGUCUGGACGAGAUGGUGCUGAAGGUGACGAGCUCGCCGGCCAGCUCGCGGCGGGGCAGCGUGACACAGCCGGUGCCGCGGCUGCUGCAGGAGGCGGCCGCCGACGCGGCGCGCCGCCAGACGCCGUCGCCGCUGGCUGCGCCGCCGCGCCGCGCCGGCUCACCGGGUCGACAGGCCACCGUCUGCGACCGGGUCAUGCAGGAGGCGACGACCGCGCUUGCCGACGGCGAUACGGAUCGGCGGCUGCUGACACCGUCGCCCGAACCCGGUGGCGGCCUGGCGGGUGAGCCCAACGCCCGGCGGCGUCGGUCUGCGGCUGGCAAAGAGCUGACCCCAUCACCCCGACGCCUCUCCGGGGCGGCGUCACCGUUGGCGGCCGGGGGCGAGCCCCCACCGAAGUCCAAGAGCCCCUCGCCACGCCCCGCCACCGUUCCGGGUCCAGAGGCCCGACCUCUAGGGUCUUCCGGCUCGAAGCUCUCCAUCCCGUCUCGUUCCCGGACGCCCAGCGUGACAGUGACUGGUGCUGCGGCAGAGGCUGCGCCCGGUCUUGCUGGAGAACCAGCCGGCCGUCAGCCGCCGCUGGACAGCGACGCGUCCGGCAAGUCGGCCUCCGAUGGGAAGCCGCGUAAGUCGCCGUCCAAAUCGCGCUCCCCCAGCGCUGGUCGAAGCCCACAGCCGGCGCAGAAGGGAAGCGACUCUAAACCAACGUCGUCACAAGGCGCACAGGCCGGCAAUGACUCCAAACCGGCCGCGUCACAAGCAGCACAGGUCAAAAGCGACUCCAAACCGGUUCCGUCUCCAGCAGAGCAAACUGGAAAAGCCUCCGUCGCGGCAGCCUCGCAGCCGAAACAGAGCGGGGACUCUGCGUCGCUGGAGGCGGCGACUCCGCGGCGGCGCCGGUCUAAGACGCCGACCGUGCCGGAAGCCGCGGGAGGCUCGCUGUCGCCCGAAACGGCAGGCGCAGGGCACCAGCAGACGGACAGUCAGCCAUCCAGCGUUGCUGGCGGUCAAUCGAGCCCGCUGCUGAGCCCGAUCGGUGCUCGCCGACGUCGGACAACCGACGACGGCGAGUCGACGACAGAAAAGGCUAAGCUGGGUGGAGAAAGAACGAUCCUCGUUGAUGGGCUGUCGGCAGAGAAGGCUUCGCCCGGGCGAGUUAGUCCCAGUCAGAACUUCCUGCUGGAGCCAGUGGUGCCUGGAGCCCCCUCAUCUACCUCCACAUCGGUGUCGUCUGGGAAGGAGAGUCCCGACCAGCGAGCGGUAAAGACACCGGAAGAGCGUCUUUCCAGCAGCUUCAACUCAAUGAUCAUGAAUCUAAAGCCAGUGAAAAGAGGAGCGAAUCCUGGUCCGGUGGCGACGUUGGCCGUCAAAGCUCCCGCCCUUGGUUUGGUGCAGUUGCGGAAGGUUCCCUCCUCCAAAUCUGACGUUGCACUUUCCAAGACAAGAGCCGAAGGUGAGGCAGCCCAGGUCAAACUCAAGCGCACCAGGCCAUCAGAUGCCGCACUGAGCAGUCACGGCAGCGCAAAGGAAAGGCCUACGCUGACACGGCAGAAAGCCGAGUGUGACAACGGCGUCAAGGGAAAGAAGCCACCGAAAACGAAAGAGAGAACCGAGGCCAACGACAGCGCGCUGAAGAACAGCGGUGACCAGUCCCCGGCACAACCGUCAAAAAACGGACGGCGGCCCCGCGAGCACGUGAUCCAGAUUGAGGUUCAGGGCUGCGCGGGGCCGCACGGCGCCGAGGAGCUGGACUGCGCCGGCGCGGAGCGGCCGGGAGCCGGUCUGCGCCGGCUGCGGCAGGCGCUGCGCACUCUCUCGAGCGGCUCGAGCCAGUCGGCGCCGAGCUCACCCGCCCGCCUGCGCGCCGGCUCGUGGACACGCGGCCCGACGCUGCUCGACUUCGUGGCGGCGCGACUCGAGGAGGCGGCCAGCUGGCACCGCAGCGAGCACGAGCGCUUCCGACCAUUAAGCGCCUGA